CACCCUUCCUCCAGGUGACUCUCAGCCAUGAAGACACUUGUCUUCCUCUCUGCCCUCGUCCUGCUGGUCUUUCUGACCCAGGUUGAUGCUUUCCCAGAAGCGACUGAGGGGGAUAAAAAUGAAGAACAGCUAGGAGUAGAGGACCAGGAUGUGUCCAUCUCCUUUGGAGGCCCAGAAGGCUCUGCUCUUCAAGAAGCAGCCACAAGGAAGGUGACAUGCCACUGCAGAAAAAAGGGCUGCAAACGUUCUGAACAAGUCUCUGGUUCCUGCUACCAAGGACCACUACGCUCUGUAUUCUGCUGCCGCUGAGACCAGAGACAAGAUCACCAUGUGCUCUGAGACCUCAUCAUCUGUCACUACCCUUGUACUUUGCCUCAAUUGUUUUUCCUUCUCCAAUAAAUUUCCUUGCAGAAAAAGAA